UCGUCGUUCCCAGAAGGAAUAGCAUUAGCGCCGCUCCCGACAACCAUUGUGCGCUCGUCGCGACUGUUGCAACCAUGUCUUCGGUCGACUACCUAUUGAACGAGAAUUCGGUGGGAUAUGCGAUCUUCAAAGUCGUACACCAGCCGGACACCAUAGGCAACCGCCUGAAGGAGGUCCAGGAUGCCGUCCAAGAUCUCGCGAAGUUCGGAAAAAUGGUCGAGCUUGUGGGCCUCGCACCUUUCCAAGGCACUCAGGACGCGCUUCGAGAAAUCAACGAUGUCUCCGAAGGCAUUAUGUCGGAUUAUCUGAAAGCAGCGCUGGAAACCAACCUGCCGAAAGCUGGCAAAAGGAAGACAAUAACGUUGGGAGUUGGUGAACGAAAUCUGGCUGGUAGCAUUAAAGCGGCAUUUCCAAAUCUGCACGUCGAGACAAGCGAGACGAGCGAGGUGGUCGCAGAUCUGCUGAGAGGUCUUCGGCAGCACGGCCAGAAAUUGAUCAAGCAGCUCCAGCCUGGAGACAUUGAUCGGUCCAUCCUUGGUCUUGGUCACGCAUACUCUCGCGCCAAGGUCAAAUUUUCGGUACAGAAAAAUGAUAACCACAUCAUCCAGGCUAUCGCUACCCUUGAUCAAAUUGACAAAGAUUUGAACACUUUCGCUAUGAAGCUUAAAGAGCAGUAUGGAUGGCACUUCCCCGAACUCGCCAAGAUUGUCAGCAGCAACGAACAGUACCCCAAAUUGGUUCUCGCGAUAGGCGACAAGUCUCAUCUCUCGAACGAUGAUUUACACUCGUUGGCUGCCAUUGUCAACGACGAUGAAUCCGUGGCACAGGCCAUCAUCUCCGCGGCAAGAACGAGUAUGGGCCGCGAUUUGUCCGAAGCCGAUCAGGAGCUGGUGAUGAAGGCUGCCGAGCGUACUGCUUCUUUGGCCGCCUAUCGAAAGUCCCUCUCGGGCUAUCUUUCCUCGAGGAUGGCAACCGUAGCCCCUAACCUGGCAGCACUGAUUGGAGAUAGCGUCGGUGCGCGUCUGAUUUCAAAGGCUGGCUCUUUGACCAAUCUGUCCAAGUAUCCUGCGUCGACUGUGCAGAUUCUGGGUGCCGAGAAGGCUCUCUUUAGAGCGUUGAAGACUAAGGGCAACACGCCCAAGUAUGGCCUGAUCUACCACAGCUCGUUCAUCGGAAAGACGGCGGCGAAAUCGAAGGGCAGAAUAUCACGCUUCCUCGCGAACAAGUGCUCCAUCGCGUCCAGGAUCGACAACUUCUCGGAGGUGCCAACGUCGAAGUUUGGAGAGGCACUGCGAAAACAGGUGGAGGACAGGAUCGAGUUCUAUGCCACGGGAGCGCCGCCGGCGAAGAACGCGGAUGUCAUGAAGGCAGCGAUGAACUCUGUGAUGGCCGACAUUGGCGAAGACCCCACGGCGGAAGCGGCCGAAGACGUGGUGAUGGCGGAUGGUAUCACGGCGAAAGCCACCGAGCAGGCAAUCCGUAAAUCGAAGGACAAGAAGGAGAAAAAGAAGGACAAGAAGUCCAAGGAUGCGGAUAGUGACGAGAAGAAGUCGAAGAAGGAGAAGAAGCGGAAGCAUGCAGAGGAGGAAGAGGGCGAGGGCAAGAAGGAGAAGAAGAAAAAGAAGAGCAAGAGCUCCUAGGUUGUUUGUCCUGAGAUCGGCAUGUAUACCAAAUAUGGCGUUAUGGUUUCGACUGGCGUUGGUGGGGAGGUGCGCUUAUCAUUUGCUCUUGAGAUGCUUGUUCUCUCGGAGGCAAUGCGACGGCAUGGAUGUGUUAUAUCUGGGAGAUAGGGCUCUAUUUCAUGCAAUGCAUAUCCACGCAGAAUCUAUGGGCACCCUUAUCGUCUCUGAAAGGUGCGAAGUGGUGAAACGAUAUGGAGAGGGGUUUGCGGCGACUACGCGUGGUGGCACUAGGUCAGCUUCGGUUUAGGAUUUCUUCUUGACUUGC